AUGGCGACCAUUUUCCAGGUUCCGAUAACGUCGUCGUUUCCUUGCUCGUCGUCUUCUUCCUCCUCUUCAAGGCGUUCCCAUAAACAGCAUGCUUUGAACAGAACACUCUGCUCCGUUGGCAGUGCUAAGAUUCCGAUGCCACCAAUAAACCCUAAGGACCCUUUCUUGUCGAAGCUUGCUUCGGUGGCCGCAACGUCGCCGGAGCUACUCCUCAACCGCCCUAAGAAUUCCGACAUGCCGCCGUAUUUGGAUAUAUAUGACUCGCCAAAACUCAUGGCUACCCCUGCCACGGUGGAAAGAUCAGUUUCCUACAAUGAACAUAGACCAAGGAGGCCACCGCCUGACUUGCCAUCAUUGCUGCUCCAUGGUAGAAUUGUGUACAUUGGGAUGCCGUUGGUACCAGCAGUCACUGAGCUUGUAGUUGCAGAAUUAAUGUAUUUGCAAUGGAUGGAUCCCAAAGAGCCAAUCUUUUUGUAUAUAAAUUCCACUGGGACCACUCGUGAUGAUGGUGAAACGGUUGGUAUGGAAACUGAAGGUUUUGCUAUUUAUGAUGCUAUGAUGCAGUUGAAAAAUGAAAUACAUACAGUAGCAGUUGGUGCUGCAAUUGGACAAGCAUGUCUAUUACUUGCUGCGGGUACCAAGGGAAAAAGGUUUAUGAUGCCACAUGCUAAAGCUAUGAUCCAGCAACCUCGUGCUCCAUCAUCAGGGUUGAUGCCAGCUAGUGAUGUUUUUAUCCGUGCAAAGGAGGUAAUUAUCAACAGGGAUACUCUUGUUCAACUUUUAGCUAAGCACACUGAAAACUCCGUCGAGACAGUAGCUGAUGUGAUGAAGAGACCAUUUUAUAUGGACUCAACAAGAGCUAAAGAAUUUGGUGUCAUUGAUAGGAUCCUGUGGCGGGGUCAGGAACAGAUCAUGGCAGAUGUUGCCGCCCCAGAAGAUUGGGAUAAGGGUGCUGGAAUUAGAGCAGUAGAUGCAGUUUAG